AAAACUAUUUUAAGCGGUGACAAAAUACAAUGUAUCAUACAGAACCUCUCUCUAGAUAAAACAGAACUACUUACAAACGAUGAAUCAAAACUUCUCGAUUACGAAGUUAAACCUAUUGAGAAAAUAAAACAAUCUCAAAACGAGAAACUUUUAAAUGAAUUAAACAAAAUUCAUUUGAAUCAUAGUAAAAAAAUAUCGAAUGAUUUCAAUAUUGUUAAUAACGACAAUAUUGUUGAAGAUCCAGUAAUUAAGAAAACAGACGCGCCAAUUAUUAAGAAGGCGGAGGAAUCAAUCAUUCAGAAUGAAGAAGAUCCAAUAAAGAAGUCCGUGAAGCCAAUAAUUAAGAAAUUAGAAGAAUCAAUAAUUACGAAACCAGGCGAAAAUCCCUUACACAAACGUCUACAGAAACAAUCAGGAAUACCAGCGGGAAUUAACUUUGGUUCACUAAUUGGAGAACUGAAGAGUAAAACACGCAACGCUAGUAACGGAGGAUUGAAACCGGUCUUUAAAAAGUUCGACGCUGAAUCGGACGCCGUCGAUAGUGUGCAGGACACUUUGAAUUCGGUGGGGGAUGAUAAGAAAAAGGUCCACAUAGAUGAAAACGAGCUGGGAUCAAAUAUAUUAGCGGACAGGCGGAACAAAUUAGAAACGGCAGCGCAAGGAUGGCGCAAGCGCGUUCCACAGAACGAUGCGACACUCUUCACCGUUGCUGGGCGUCUGGAACGCGACAAAGUGACCACGAACGUCGCGACGCCGCCGCUGACGCCGCCCAACGUCGCGUCGCCCAUGGCCGUCGCUUCUCCUGGUAUUCCACCACCGAACACAUUCAGAUCCCGCAAGCAGCCAUCAUCGCCUACAAAGAACGGGUUCCCGUCGGGCCCGCUGCGCUCAGCGUCGUACGCGGUAGUGAGUGCCGCCGCCGAGCCGAAGCCCAGAGACCCGCGCCCCGAUCGCGACUCGUUCAAACGCAGCCACUCCGUCAGCGAGAGCAUCAGCCGGGUUGACGAGAAAGAGGACUCCCCCGGCGCCGAGAGGUCCGGUUGUCCGGUGCGAGUGCCGCGCGCCGACGACGAGACAUUCCAAGCCUUCUUCGCGCCUCUUCAGCAGCAAGAGAGAUCUGAAGGCGUGGAGGUCGAUCUGGACGCCAUCGACAGUGGAUCUAGGCAGUUGCUCGCGAGCGAGUGGAGCCGUCGCGCCCGACGCGAGCGGCGCCACGCGGCCUCGCGCAACCCGCUCAAGGCACUCGCGGCCCGCGCCGACAUACGCGAGGAGUACGUGCCGCCGCCCUCCACCAACAUACGGGAGCAGUUGAUCAAGGAGAAAGGUAAACAGAACGCCCAUAAUAGG